GGUUCACGUAUCAACUUCUCCACGGAUAAUAUUCCAGCUCCGACGACCGCAUCAUUGCUUCCACAUAAGGAAUUGAAUUCUUAUCAGAUCCAGAAUAAUUUAUUACCCUUUGCGGUCUGUUUUAUUCAUUUUGGUACUUCCUUUGCGUGCGGACCCUUGGAUGGGGAGAUGUCGGACAUCGCACUGUCGCAUACCUGGUCGGGUAGUAUAUCAGCGAGCAGGGCAAAGAGCUUCUUAAUGACCUCUUGCCUCAUAGCAAGAAUUUCGAUAUCUCAGACGCGGCCAUAUAGGCUGAUACAAUCGAGAAAAAGUGCCCUAAGACUAAACCUUGGCAUUAUGUUAAUAUAG